GGGGUGAGUGCUUGGUGAGCAAGCACCAAUGAGGCCACUUUUUCAUCUGUAUAAAACUUUUCAGGAGAGUUUGCUGUGUUGCACUUUCUGUCAGUCCAGGGCUCCGAAAGGAGAGCAACAGCCCAGAGAGAGAGAUAGAGAGAGAGAGAGGAGGUAGAGAGAGAGUAAGUUUGAACGCAGGGGGUUGCCAGUUUUUAAACCCUAAUCCCACACUUCAAGAAAGUGCCUCAACGUUUCAGCAAGGAUGGAGAACGCACACAUGAAAGAGUCACCAGAGGUUCUCUCCUACUUUGGUGUCACUGAAGAAACCGGCCUUUCACCUGAGCAGUUCAAGAAGAACCUGGAAAAGUAUGGCUACAACGAGCUGCCAGCGGAGGAGGGAAAGACCAUCUGGGAGUUGGUGGUGGAACAGUUCGAGGACCUGUUGGUCAGAAUCUUACUGCUGGCUGCCUGCAUCUCUUUUGUACUGGCUUUGUUUGAGGAAGGUGAGGAGACCGUCACUGCCUUUGUGGAGCCCUUAGUCAUCCUCCUCAUCCUCAUUGCAAAUGCUAUCGUUGGAGUGUGGCAGGAGCGCAAUGCAGAGAGUGCCAUUGAGGCUCUGAAGGAAUACGAGCCUGAGAUGGGGAAAGUUUACCGGUCGGACAGGAAGAGCGUGCAGAGAAUCAAGGCCAGGGAGAUUGUUCCUGGUGAUGUGGUGGAGGUUUCCGUUGGUGACAAAGUGCCAGCUGACAUCAGGCUUAUCUCCAUCAAAUCUACAACCCUGCGUGUGGACCAGUCCAUUCUUACUGGUGAGUCUGUCAGUGUGAUUAAACACACUGAUGCCGUCCCAGACCCCCGAGCUGUCAACCAGGACAAGAAGAACAUGCUGUUCUCUGGAACCAACAUCGCUGCAGGAAGAGCCACUGGUAUUGCUGUUGCAACUGGUGUCUCCACUGAGAUCGGUAAGAUUCGUGACCAGAUGGCUGCCACUGAGCAGGAGAAGACCCCUCUGCAGCAGAAACUGGACGAGUUUGGAGAGCAGCUCUCCAAGGUCAUCUCCCUCAUCUGUGUGGCUGUGUGGAUGAUCAACAUUGGCCAUUUCAAUGACCCCGUCCACGGAGGCUCCUGGAUCCGCGGUGCUGUCUACUAUUUCAAGAUUGCUGUGGCUCUGGCUGUGGCUGCCAUCCCUGAAGGUCUGCCUGCUGUCAUCACUACCUGCCUGGCUCUGGGAACCCGCCGCAUGGCCAAGAAGAACGCCAUCGUCAGAAGUCUGCCCUCAGUGGAGACCCUGGGCUGCACCUCGGUCAUCUGCUCUGACAAGACCGGUACCCUCACCACCAACCAGAUGUGUGUAACUAAGAUGUUCAUCAUUGAGAAAGUUGAUGGUGACAAUGUUUCUCUCAGCCAGUUUGACGUCUCAGGCUCAAAGUACACCCCCGAGGGAGAAGUUACAAAGAAUGGCUCAUUGACAAAGUGCGGACAGUAUGACGGACUGGUUGAGCUGGCUACCAUCUGCGCUCUUUGCAAUGACUCUUCCCUGGACUACAACGAGUCCAAGGGUAUUUAUGAAAAAGUGGGCGAGGCCACUGAAACAGCACUGUCCUGUUUGGUGGAGAAGAUGAACGUGUUCAACAGUGAAGUGCGUGGCCUGUCCAAGGUGGAAAGGGCAAAUGCUUGCUGUUCUGUGAUCAAGCAGCUGAUGAGGAAGGAGUUCACCCUGGAGUUCUCCAGAGACAGAAAGUCCAUGUCAGUUUACUGCUGUCCUGCCAAAUCUGCCAAAGCCCCUGUGGGAAACAAGAUGUUUAUCAAAGGUGCUCCAGAAGGUGUCAUUGAUCGUUGCACAUACGUCCGUGUGGGCACCACCCGUGUACCUCUGACUGACCCGAUCAAAGACCACAUCAUGUCAGUCAUCAAGGAGUGGGGCACUGGACGUGACACCCUCCGCUGUCUGGCACUGGCCACCCGCGACUCACCUCUAAGGAAGGAGGAGAUGAACCUGGUGGAUGCCACCAAGUUUAUAGACUAUGAGACUGACUUGACCUUUGUGGGCUGCGUUGGCAUGCUCGACCCUCCCCGUAAGGAAGUCAUGGGUUCCAUUGAGCUGUGCAGGGCUGCUGGCAUCCGUGUCAUCAUGAUCACUGGUGACAAUAAGGGCACAGCUGUGGCCAUCUGCCGUCGCAUUGGCAUCUUCACUGAGGAUGAGGAUGUCACUAACAGGGCCUUCACCGGUCGGGAGUUUGAUGACCUCUCUCUAUACGAUCAGAAGGUCGCUGUCAGAAAGGCCUGCUGCUUCGCCAGAGUGGAGCCAUCCCACAAGUCUAAGAUCGUUGAGCUACUGCAAGGCUUUGAUGAGAUCACCGCCAUGACUGGUGACGGAGUGAACGAUGCCCCCGCCUUGAAGAAGGCGGAGAUUGGCAUCGCCAUGGGCUCUGGCACUGCCGUUGCCAAUGUCUGUGCUGGUCACCAU